AUGGCCGAGCCGAUUCCUGGGAGUGAACCAUAUAUAGUCUAUUCUGUCAGUCCGUCCCGAUACGGUAAUACAGUAUGUUAUAACCAAACGGCCCCAGUCGGAAAUGGAUGGGAGAGCGCAAACUUGAUUGAAAAGACACUUCCUUCCUUUAUAAUGCAACUACUCGUCUCUAAUUUGAGCUACGGCUUAAUGUAUUCUCUGACUCGGCCGCUACAUCUUCCUCCUUUCGUCGCUCAAAUCCUUUGCGGAUUAUUGUUCAGCCCGACCGUGCUUGGUAGAAACAGUAUGGUCCGACAAAAAUUCUUUCCUUAUAGAUACAUAAUGGUUGUGGAGACAUUCGCAAACUUAGCUCUCGUCUACAACAUGUUCCUCCUCGGUCUCGGUAUAGACUUGAGGAUGAUAAGAGUCAAGGAAGUCAAGCCAAUGGUCAUAGCCAUUGUUGGCGUCGUUGUGGCUUUAUUGGUCGGUGCUCGCUUGUAUUAUCUUCCCGGUAAUGGAGACCCCGACACGAUCCUCGCAGGUUGUCUCUACUGGUCGGUUGCGCUGAGUUGUACGAAUUUCCCUGACCUUGCGGGAAUUCUAGCGGAUCUCAAGCUCUUGCGUACUGAUAUGGGACGCACGGCCAUGAGUGCAUCCAUUAUUACGGAUUUGUGUACUUGGGUUCUCCUCGUUCUCGGAAACGCAUCGUUUAACAAACAAGGUGGGUGGAACGUUCUGAUGCCAUGCGCUUUAAUAUCAACCAUCGCUUUUGUCUUUUUCUGCAUCUACGUGAUCAAACCUGGAGUCUCCUGGGCCUUCGCCAACACGGUCGAAGGAGGCAACGCUGGAGAGACUCACGUUUGGUUCACUCUCAUAGGUGUCGUUUUCUGCGCCUUAAUCACCGACGCGCUUGGGGUCAACUCGAUAACCGGAGCUUUCCUGUUCGGUCUCUCGAUCCCUCACGACCACAUCAUUCGAAACAUGAUCGAAGAGAAGCUCCACGAUUUCCUCUCGAGCUUUUUGAUGCCUCUUUUCUACAUCAUUUGCGGGUUUAGACUCGAUCUUGGCUACUUGCUAGACAACACGAGUGUUCUAGUGUUGGUGUUUGUGAUUUCUUCGUGCUUUAUGGUGAAGAUUUUGUCUACCGUUAUUUGCUCCCUGUUUUUGCGCAUGCCCUUGCGCGAUGGUUUUGCCGUUGGUGCCCUUAUGAACACCAAAGGAACUAUGGCUUUAGUCGUACUCAAUGCUGGACGUGACAGCAAGGCGUUGGACGUAAUAUUAUACACUCAUAUGACGUUUGCGUUCCUGGUGAUGUCAAUAGUGGUGCAGCCACUUUUAACAUUUACUUACACACCAAAGAAGAUAUCGACUUUGUACAAAUACCGAACCGUUCAACAACUCAAAGGAGAAGUGGAGUUUCGUGUGUUAACCUGUGUCCAUGUCCUCAGUAACGUUCCCGGCAUAACCAAUCUAUUACAUGUUUCUAACCCGACCAAGCAAUCUCCUCUCAACAUCUGUGCAAUACACUUAGUUGAGCUAACUGGUCGCACCACGGCUGCGUUGCUCAUAAUGCAUGACGAGUCCAAACCUAAAGUUAACUUUUCGGAACGAGUCAGAGCGGAAUCCGAACAGAUCGCUGAGUUGUUCGGAGGCAUGGAAGUGAACAACGACUUAGUGUCGGUUCAAACACUCACGGCGGUUUCAGCUUACGCGACGAUGCAUGAGGAUAUUUGUACUUUGGCCGAGGAUAAACGAGUCAGCCUCAUCUUAUUGCCUUACCAUAAGAAUUUGACGCCGGACGGUCGGUUAGGCGAAGGAAACCAUGGCCACGCGGGAGUCAACCAAAACGUUUUGAGUAAGGCGCCUUGUUCGGUCGGGAUAUUGGUCGACCGUGGCAUGACGACUGUUCGGUCUAAAUCUUCCUCGUUCCAUGCCGAGACCACAAAGAAAGAAAUUGCAAUGUUAUUCAUUGGAGGCCGGGACGAUAGAGAGGCUUUAGCUUAUGCUUGGACGAUGGUGGGACAAGAAAUGGUUAAACUGACGGUUGUGAGAUUUGUCCCAGGCCGAGACGCUUUAGUAUCGGCCGGAAAACUAACUGUUGAGUAUGCAAAGGAGGCACAAGUCGACGAAGAGUGUAUCUACGAGUUUAACUUCAAGACUAUGAAUGAUUCUUCGGUCACUUGUAUAGAGAAAGUGGUUAACGAUGGUAAAGAAGUGAUUGAAGCGAUUAGAGAAAUGGAAAAUAACCAUUCUUACGAUCUUUACAUUGUGGGAAGAGGGUACAAAGUAGAAACACCUGUAACUGCGGGUUUGACGACAGAUUGGAGUAGUAGUCGGGACUUGGGUACAAUAGGCGAUACAUUAGCUUCAUUAAACUUCACAAUGCAUGCUUCGGUUCUUGUGAUUCAACAAUACUCAGCGGCCAAUAGAAAAACCUCAGAAAACCAUCAAGAACACGUUAAAGGUGGAGUCAAAACCGCUAAUGAAGCGAAAAUGAAUUCUCAUGAGGAAGAGGAUGAUGAAGAUGAACAGUUUCAAAUGGGAAUGCGCAAAUGA